GCUAAUGCGGAAGUAGCGAGCGCGGGGCCUGCCGGGAUCGGGGUGGCGGUCGCGGAUCGCGAUCGAUCCCGAUCGGCCCCGAUCGAUCCCCAUCGAUUCCCAUCGAUCCCCGGCCCUCCCCCGCCGCGAUGUUCUUCACCUGCGGCCCCAACGAGGCCAUGGUGGUGUCGGGUUUCUGCCGCAGCCCCCCGGUGAUGGUGGCCGGGGGCCGGGUCUUGGUGAUCCCGUGCCUGCAGCAGAUCCAGCGGAUCUCCCUGAACACGCUGACGCUGCCGGUGCGCAGUGAGAAGGUUUACACCCGCCACGGGGUGCCCAUCUCCGUCACCGGCAUCGCACAGGUGAAGAUCCAGGGGCAGAACAAGGAGAUGUUGGCGGCUGCCUGCCAGAUGUUCCUGGGCAAGUCGGAGAGCGAGAUCGGCCAGAUUGCCCUGGAGACGCUGGAGGGCCACCAGCGUGCCAUCAUGGCCCACAUGACUGUGGAGGAGAUCUACAAGGACCGGCAGAAGUUCUCGGAUCAGGUUUUCCGCGUGGCCUCGUCCGACCUGGUGAACAUGGGCAUCUCCGUGGUCAGCUACACCCUCAAGGACGUGCACGACGAGCAGGAUUACCUGCGCUCCCUCGGGAAGGGCCGCACGGCGCAGGUGCAGCGCGACGCCCGCGUGGGAGAGGCCGAGGCCAAACGCGACGCUGGGAUCCGCGAGGCGCGGGCGCGGCAGGAGCAGGUGUCGGCGCAGCUGCUGAGCGAGGAGGCCACGGCGCGAGCCCAGCGCGACUUCCAGGUGGCCCAGGCUGAGUGCGACGGAGCCGUCAGCGCCCGCAGGGCCACGGCUGAGCUGGCCUUCCAGCUGCAGGCGGCGCGUUCCCAGCAGGCCAUCGCGGCGCAGCGCGGGGAGGUGGCGCUGGUGGAGCGGGCGCAGCGGGUGCAGCUGCAGGAGCAGGAGGUCGGGCGGCGCCGCCAGGAGCUCGAGGCCACCGUGCGCAAACCGGCCGAGGCCGAGCGCUACCGGCUGGAGCGGCUGGCCGAGGCGCAGCGGACGCAGGUGCUGCUGCAGGCGGAGGCCGAGGCCGAGACCCUCAAGGUGACGGGCGCUGCCCGUGCCGCGGCUGUGGCCUCUUGUGCCCAUUCCUGCGUUCCCAAUCCCAUUUUGGUGUCCCCAGUCCCAUGGGACCCCGUUUUGGGGCAGGUGGCCGAGGCGGUGGCGCAGCCGCUGCUGGGGACGCGCCGGGUGACGCUCGUGGGCGGCUCCGGGGCCGUCGGGGUGGCCAAAAUCCCCUCGGAAAUCCUGGAUUUGGUCACGCGGCUGCCGGGGGCCGUGGGGGCGCUGGCCAGGGGCUCCCAGUCCCCUCAGGUGACCCCGACGGAGCCCGAGGGCGGCACCGGAGCCACCGAAACGUCUCCAAAUACCCCAAAAAUGUCCCCGAGUGCCACCCGCCAGUGACACCAAAGUGUCCCCAAGUGCCACCACCCCCCUGAGCCACCGGGACCCUGCUGUGUCCCCAAAGUGCCACCCAAGUGCCACCACCCCGAUGUCACCACGUCCCCAAAGUGCCACCGGUGGCUCCUGAGGCCACCAAGGUGCCACUGGCCCCCAAGUCCCUUUGUCCCCAGAGUGCCACCACGCCUUGCAUGUCCCCAAAGUGCCACUGCUGCAGCGUCAGUGUGUCCCCAAAGUGUCCCCCAAAUGUCAUCAUGUCCCCUAAGUGUCCCUGUGGUGUCACUGUCUCCAAGGUGCCACCUUGUCUCCUAAGUGUCCCCGAAGUGUCGCCACCCUCUGGUGUCACUUUGUCCCUAAAGUGCCAUGCCCAAAUGUCAUCAUGUCCCUGAGAUGUCCCCAAGGUGCCACCACCCACUGCAGUGUCCCACAAAUGCCACCCCUGAAUGUCACAAAGUUCUCAGUGUCCCCAAGGUGCCACCACCACCCCCAUGUCCUCAGUGUCCCCAGAGUGCCACCACUGCAGUGUCACCCUGUCCCAAGUGUCCCCAAGGUGUCACCUUGUCCCCAAAGUGCCACUACAGUGCUGUCAAUAAAAUGUCCCUAUGGUGCCACCGCCCCCAGUGUCACCAUGUCAAUAAAGUGUCCCCAAGGUGCCACCA